ACCUAUAAAUAGCUUGAAGGAGCAACAACAGGAACCAGUCUCAGCAGAGGCUUCACAUGCCAAGUAAGGGAGAAGACAAAGACAGCAACCUCAAGAGAAGCAGCGCAAGUGGGUACCAUGCCUGCACGGAAGCAAGGUCUUCCUGAGAGGAAGGCAUGUUGUGGAAAGGAAAAAAAAGUGACUGAUGUCACAAAGGGGCGAACGAUGGUGACACGAUCUAUGCAAAGGGAGAAGGCAAAAGGGCAGAAUCUUUGCGACACAGUGAAGAGCCUUCCAAAUCUCUCUGGGAUCCUCAUCCAAGCUAUCAACUUGUGUAAGUCAGCCAAAGGCCUCAGCUUUACCGAGCUGAAAGAACUGCUGGGGGCCAAGGGCUACGACGUGAGCAGAUAUUGCCCCAGCAUCAAGAAGCAGCUGAAGUCCCUAGCAUCCAAAGGUGCCUUAAUGAGGAUGAGUCACAAGGCUGGCUCCACAUUUUUUGUGAUCAGGAAGCACCAAAGAAAGGAGGUUGCCACCCAAGCAUCUGAGAAAAUGACAGUGAGAUACCUCAGAAGCACAACUGCAAAUGCAGCAAAGAAAUCAGGAAGUGCCACCAGCAGGGCUGGUUCUAAAAGAUCAGGAGAUUCCAGUAAUGGUGUCAGAGUUUCUAAGAAAGGGCUGGGAGGUACCUACAGUCAUACUGCACCCAAUCUGAAGAUAUCUAAAUACUCCAGGAGUAAAAACUCCAUCCGUAUGUAA